CUUAAGUAUGACUCGAAAAGGGGCAUUGUACAAUUUCAUGUCAAUCGCAAAACACGAGAGAAUCAGCAUUUUAUGAUUUCAUGGGUGAAGUAUUUUGGUGACCCGAAAGAAGCCCCUCCUCUACUGGAAAGAGUUAGCCCGGAAGGAGAAGGAUCAUUCAUUGAGGAACUUAUUCAAUGCAUGGCGCAUCACAUGAAAGAUAAUAUAUUGAAGGAUCUCAAGAUAAAGAUUCAUGCCCAUGGUUCAUUUGGUCCUGAUUACCCUCAGACGAAGCUCCGGGGGUAUUUAAUAUGGUUAAAGGAUGAGAUGCGGAACCUACAUUCUACAUAUAGAAGUCGGCAUGAUACACAUAUAUGCUCAUACAAAGUGUUUUCUCAGACUAAGGGAAUACAAGAAGGUAAUUUUUGCCCCCAUUUACAUUGCUCCACUAGACCUCAACCCAAAGUAUGCUGAGAAAUUGGGUUCAGGUGUCCAUAAAUACCGCAAGACAUAUAGGGACUCAUAUUGGCUAGGACAGCUACUCUUUUGGUAUACCCAAUAUCUCCCCCUGU